ACCCGCAGCCUGCAUGGCGAGCUGCAUGUACGGAAGCAAACCAGGCAGCCGCGAGCAGAGGCGGAACCGACAAAACUAAGCUUCAUUUUUGUCCUUUCAAAAAAAAAAAUUGAAUUAAAGUGCGCGCUCAUUUUGAGCUUUCCCGCUCCAGGAGUAGAUUUUUUUUUGUUUUUCUUAUUUUUCUCUCUACCCCUCCAAAAUCGUGAGAUGAGGAAAUAAUUGUUUGGAUGUGACACUUCCGAGCGGACUUUUUUGGGGGGCUUGAUUGUGGACAUUUUUUUUCUUGUACUUCUUCUUGUUGUUCUUGCACAACAAGCAUGGACGUGCUGGCUAAUUACAGUAUUUUCCAGGAACUCCAACUGGUGCACGACACUGGUUAUUUCUCCGCGAUGCCUUCCCUGGAGGAGAACUGGCAGCAGACGUGUCUGGAGUUGGAGCGUUACCUCCAGACGGAGCCCAGAAGACUGUCAGAGCUCCUGGACGAGGACCUGGACCGCCUCCUGGCGCCCGCCCUCACUCAGGGCGGCGAUAGCGAUGAGGAGCUCAUAGACCCCCUACUCGCCGGUUUCCCGGCACAGCCCGGUCCACUCCCCAAAGUUCACGCCAAACUCCUCCAGACUCUGACGGACAGCAAGGAUCAGGUCCUGGCGUCGGGUGUUAGCGCCGCCCAGCUGAGUGCCGCCGUCACGUCUCUAACGCCGCCCUCGUCCCCCGAGUUGGGGCGCCACCUGGGAAAACAGGCGAGCGGCGCGCUCACGCUCAAGCUGGUGGCCAAGAAAGUGGGCCUGGGCGCAGCCAAACUAGUGGCGGCCCGGGCACUGACGUCUCUCCCGCCGUCCCAGCCGCCGGGCCCAGCAGGGGGGGCGCUGAGCGAUGGGGAGCAGGGCGGAGGGCCCGGCCUGGCGGGGGACUCUGCAGAGAACAAGAAGAGAAUACACAGGUGUCAGUUUAACGGCUGCCGCAAGGUUUACACCAAGAGCUCGCACCUCAAGGCGCACCAGAGGACGCACACAGGCGAGAAGCCAUACAAGUGCUCGUGGGAAGGUUGCGAGUGGCGCUUUGCUCGCAGCGACGAACUGACGCGACACUACCGCAAACACACCGGGGCAAAGCCCUUCAAGUGCAACCACUGCGACAGGUGUUUCUCCAGGUCCGACCAUCUGGCGCUGCACAUGAAGCGCCAUGUCUGAAGGGGGGGGGGGGGGGGCUGCCGCGGAGCAUGACAGAAGAACAAGAAGGAGGCGGAAGGCCCACAUGGCAUCUCGAGGAGGAGGAGUAGUUAGAUUGUCGGUUUUCAUUCACUUACUCACACUCACUGUUUUUUUACGCGCCGUCUUUGAACGCAUCACGGCGGUUUAGCUUCUGGGCUUUUGAUAGGAAAAGUCAUCACAUGCUCGUCUUGGUACAAUCAAAACUUUUUGGGGUAUCUAUUUUUCUUUUUUUUUUGCUGCGUUUUGUCAGAAGAACGCCAUCCAGCCGAAAGAAAACAACACAAUCUGACAUCCCAGAGACCCAACGCCAUCUUGCUCUCUCCUCUGCCGCCAACGGCGCCCGCAACGGACCCUACGGGUGACCUCUCGGAAAUAAAAUGCGCAGCGACACUUUGAUUUUUUUUUUUCAACUGGGAGAACCGCUACGACGCUUCUUCUUGAUGACAAUUGAGACACUUUUUGCUCUUUUUCUCAUUUGGAGAAAAAAAUGUCUUUGAACUUAACAGAAUGUGAGAGGACUUGGUCAAUCAAUGGAACAGGAAGAAGAUGUACUUUUUCAAAACUUCCUUUGUGCCACAGGAUGUGCGCGGUCAAAAGGGACGCCACUAACUAGCGGGUCAGUUAGCCGCUAAGUAAACGGCUAAAUUAGCCGUUUCGUAAACCGCUAAGUUGGCUAACAGGUAAGUUAGCCGCUAAGUCAGCCACUCACUUAGCUGCUAACUAAGCUGCUAACUUGGUAUCCAAUGACUGCACUUUUGUUUCCUAAUUUCCUGCUUUUUCUUUUGUAAUGCUAGCGUUAAAAAAAAUAAAAAUAUUGACAAAAAAUAUAGAGGAAAAUCACUCAAAACACAAAAGAACACACACAAACACGAAAAUGGCUUUUCACACUUCACUAUUUAGCUUUUUUUUUUCUGAUGACAAAUGAUCUUAUUCUGGUUUCCAUGGCAACGUUUUCUUGAUCCACUUCUGUCAUGCUUUUUCUCUUUGGAAACAUUAAACAUGGACACUCAAACGUGGACACUGGAAAAUCGCACCUCCCAAAUCCUCCCUCCGCGGUGCCGCCAACGGCUUAAAAACACGGAGGGGGGUCCGCAGUGCAGCUUGGAACAAUCAAUACCAAAAACCUCUAACGUGGAUUCACCAUUUUGAGGCAGCUCCACCACGUUUUUCGUACAAGAGGAAAGGGGGUACGAUGGAAGCGUUCACCGCCAUUAUUGUCCCCUUUCAGGUUGCCUGCCAAAGCCAUUUUUACACAGUUUGCUGUUCUGUGUGAAGGUCAACUCACUAAUUUUUGGUUUUUGAGGUAGAAUCAGAGGCGGGACUAUGACUGUGUGAAAGGGAGUGGUGGAAUUUUUGCCGACUUUUCCAGCCCUGUUGCAUUGCAAGCAAAUGCCCGACAGUUAUACUUGGUUAGUUUCUGCAUGGAAGUCUUCAACCUCUUAAAAUGGCCAAUUUUUCUGCAAACAAUUUGUUUCCAAAACUGCGUCCGCAAUAGCACUUGUAAUGAGACGUACAAUCACAGAGGGACGCUAGUAGCACAUUUCAAAGCACGAACGUAUGAGUGUGUCUGCGUGAAACUUUGGUUAAAUAUAGUUUGGUCAGGACUCAUAGAAUUACUUUGGUUUCCUCCACGCUUCUGCCUCUUUUAACCUGCUUGGUUUGUUUGUCUGAAUCCCAAGUUAGCUCCCGAUUAGCGAGCAGUUAAUAAGGCUCCUUCGGGUCUGCAGGGAUGACAUAUGAGAAAAAAAAACUAGGAAUGGGAGGUGCUACGGAAGUCUGAACCUGGUGGACUCCAUUAGCAGUGAGCUAAUAAGGAUCAGAUUAGCAUGAACGGCUACAUGCUAAUAACAGCCUUCUAGUGUAAGAUAAUGUGGCUUUUAUAGCCCAGUUAGCUUGAGCUUUAGCUAUAGUGUAGUAAAGUCAUGUUAGCGAAGCGCUAGCAGCUAGAUGGAGGCUAGUUUAGCAUCAGCGGAGAUCUUCUUCGGGUUAAAUUUAGUUUAAGGUUAGGAUUGCUGAGCCCAAAUGAUUCCAAAGAAAGACUCACCAGCCGUUCAUGGGGCAGGACUGGCUGAAGUAGGCGGUGUCAUUUCACCAGUCGCCAGCUGUGUCUGUUAGCUUUUGUAAAUAGCGUGACUUCCUUAGCCGCUUCUUGCUUUAGUUCUUGCCAACGUUGCACUAUGUGAUCACAAUUCUUGCACUGCUAGCUCGCUAGCCAGCUAGCUUAGUCUCGUCGCACUUGUCGCACAUCCGCCACGCCACCAGGAAAACAACACGUCACAUAUCCGACACGUCAGUCAAAAGCCGUGACACUCAGUCGCGUGACUCUCUUGGCGUCGCUGCUAUGACAUGACUCACUAGCAUCAUUAGCGUGUGUUUGUUUAGCACCUUUUUCAAACCCAAACACAGCAAGAAAACUUUUCUUUUAAACUGAAUUCUGUCACCAAAUGUGAUGACAAUUCCCCCAAAAGUCACUGGAAACAUCACAAGUUGAAAACAAAUGUUGAUUUAAUUCUUAAUGUUUCCACUUUAACAUUUUUGACUCUGUAAUUUUGGGCGUAACAUUCUGACAAAGAAAAGCAACUCAAUGGCACAAAGCGGUACUGCAACAGAGCUAGCUUGUUCAAGGCAUUCAGAUGACUUUUUUUUAAUGGCUUCAGAUCAUGUUUGAACAAGAUGAAAUGUGGCAAAUUUAGUGAAAAUACUCCAAUGGAACCAAGCUCUUAGCUGCGGUCACUGAGUCUCAAAGCAUAGACUUUUCACUUAGAGUGUUUGUUUAGCACAUUUUUACACCCGAAAUACACUACAAUUUUUUUUCAACAAAUUUUGCAAAAAAGUCACUCCAAAAUUUUUUUAAUUUGACCAUUAUUAAACAUUGGCUCAGUAUUUUUGGGCAUGAAAUCCUGACAAAAACUAUGACAUACACUGGAACGACUAAUUGUCACCGCCAAAGAGGCAAAGUGGUACUGCAAAACAGAUUGCUUGUUGGUCGAUUUAAAAAAAUUGUUUGAAGACCAAUUCACACGUUAAAAGUGACAUUUUUCAGGAAAAAAAAAACAGACUCCGAUCAAAUCAACUUUCUUUGUGGUCCCAUUGCCGACAUCUUUUUUGCUGUACAAAGUGUUGAAAUGAUAUGAUUUGUAUGAUACGACAUUACGUUGUUUAUUGACGAGGGAGAGUUUAUUUUUGUUACUGGAUGUGUUUGAUAAUUGUUUUUUCUAAAUUGGUAUUGUAUCAUAUCUAUGCAACGAGUGUCCAGUGGAGCCUUUUUAUUUAAGAAUGUACAAAUAUGUGUAAUAAAUGGUAGAAUCUCAA